AUGCCAUCAGCCGCCUCUGCGAAAGAAAGGCCCAAGAGGGAGCAAGCCGAUGCAAUUGUCGAUGGGACAGCGUCGGAUUCAGAAUCAGAUGCGAGUUUGGGGGCAUCGGAUUCGGACUCCCUGGACAGUACCAGCCCCAGGAAACGGCGCCGCACAUAUCCUGCGCCUAUUGAUGUUGAUGAUGACAACGAUGACAACGACGCUGACGGAGAAACCGCGCUCAAGAUCAUCAAAUCUGCCUUGAAUGUGCCGUCUCGCAUAGCCACAAAGCGCAAACCCCAGUCCGAGAACAAAGUUGAGGCUGCCCGCCCAAGCGAGCCUGACGUCGAGCCCGAGCCCGCUUCCGGGGUCACGGCCCCGCUGGAUGUCAAUACCACUUUUGAGUCGCUCGGGCUCCGGCCGUGGCUGGUGCAGUCCUUGGCUAACAUGGCCAUCAAGCGGCCAACCGCCAUCCAAAGGGAGAGCAUACCGAUGCUGCUCAAGGGAAGGGACUGCAUCGGUGGGAGUAGGACUGGCUCGGGCAAGACGGUGGCCUUCGCCGUGCCCAUUCUCCAGAAAUGGGCCGAGAACCCGUCCGCCAUCUUUGCCGUCAUCCUGACCCCUACCCGCGAGCUUGCCCUCCAGAUCUACGAGCAAGUCAAGGCCAUCUCGUCGCCACACUCGCUCAAAGCCAUUCUGGUCACAGGCGGCUCCGACAUGCGGUCGCAAGCCAUCGCCCUGGCCCAGCGGCCGCACGUCGUCAUCGCCACCCCGGGCCGCCUGGCCGACCACAUCCGCACGUCGGGCGAAGAUACGGUGUGCGGGCUCCGACGAGUCCGCUUCGUGGUCCUCGACGAAGCCGACCGGCUGCUGGCCGCCAACGGGCCGGGCAGCAUGCUGCCCGACGUAGAGGAGUGUCUGAGCGCGCUGCCCCCGCCGGCCGAGAGGCAGACGCUGCUCUUUACAGCAACCAUCACCCCAGAAGUCAUGGCGCUGAAGAACAUGCCCCGACAACCCGGCCGAGACCCGGUCUUUGUGUGCGAGGUCGACACCGACAACCUGGCCAUCCCGCCCACGCUGAACCAGAUGCACCUUCAGGUGCCCGUCACACACCGCGAGCACUACCUGCACAUGUUCUUGUUGACCCCCACCAACGUGGAAAAAUCGGCCAUCAUCUUCUGCAACCGGACCUCGACGGCAGACUUUUUGCACCACCUGCUCCGGCUCCUCGACCACCGCGUGACGGCGCUGCACUCCAGGCUGCCGCAGCGGCAGCGCAUCGACAAUUUGGCGCGGUUUCGCGCCUCGGCGGCGCGUAUCCUCGUGGCCACCGACGUCGCCGCCCGCGGUCUGGACAUUCCAGAAGUGAAGCUCGUCAUCAACUACGACAUCCCGCGAGACCCGGAUGACUACAUCCACCGCGUGGGCCGUACGGCGCGUGCUGGACGCAAAGGCGACGCUGUGACGUUCGUCGGCCAGCGGGAUGUGGAUCUGGUGCUGGCGAUCGAGAAGCGUGUCGGCAGGCAGAUGGAGGCGUGGCAGGAGGAAGGGGUCAAUCUGGAGACGAGGGUUGUGAGGGACGCGUUGAAGCUGGUGGGAGAGAAGAAGCGAGAGGCUUUGCUAGAGUUGGAAGAGCACCGGGAGGUGGGCGGGAAGAGGAAGAGGGGGAAGCAGAAAUUAAACAUGGUCUAG